AUGGAGACAGGCGACCGCCCCAGUCUGCCCGCCCAACCACCCAAGCAAGCUGCCUACACCCAACCAUUAAACCCAGUGUCACACAGCCCACAAGAGCAACGAGCUCCAGCACGACCUCACGAUGAUGCCCCUGGAGUGAUCACAAGGGGCGCAAGUUCAAAGCCAUCAAGUGACGAAGUCCGGGCCCGUCUUAACGAGCAACACAGACUGAAACAAGAGAGGAUGCUCAACUCUCCAGAUGUCGAUCUGGAGUACGGGGUAGAGCAGCAACCAGCAGAGGGGUAUAUUGCGGAUUCAGUCGAGCGGAAGGGCAUGGGCAUGCGGCGCGCUCAGGCUGGUGCACAUGCUGGGCCGGUUGGAAGUGCUGGUGGGCCUGGACAUCCCGGUUUUGGAGAGGAGAGGGAUCUUGCGGCUCAUAUGGGUGAGAAGCGGGCUGAACAUGAUCGCAUACUUGGCGAGAAGAUUGGACAGAGCCCCCUAGAACCAGAGUAUGAUGUCGCUGAGAGAGAAGCCGCUCGGCAACGCAAGCUGAGGCAGAAUGAAGAUGUGGAUGUGGCGGGGGCAGUCAGGGAGGCGAGCGGAAAUCCAGUGGUACAGUAG